AUGGACCCGCCGCGGGGCAUCGGCACCUUCGUGGUGUGGGACUACGUGGUGUUCGCCGGGAUGCUGCUCAUCUCGGCUGCCAUUGGCAUCUACUACGCCUUCGCCGGGGGUGGCCAGCAGACCUCCAAGGACUUCUUGAUGGGCGGCCGCAGAAUGACUGCCGUGCCGGUGGCGCUGUCCCUCACCGCCAGCUUCAUGUCGGCAGUCACCGUCCUGGGCACCCCCACGGAGGUGUACCGUUUUGGGGCCAUAUUCAGCAUCUUUGCCAUCACUUACUUCUUUGUGGUGGCCAUCAGCGCGGAGGUUUUCCUGCCGGUGUUCUACAAACUGGGAAUUACCAGCACCUACGAGUAUUUAGAGCUCCGGUUUAACAAAUGUGUCCGUCUCUGUGGAACAGUCCUCUUCAUUGUUCAAACAAUUUUGUAUACUGGAAUUGUUAUUUAUGCCCCUGCCCUGGCUUUGAAUCAAGUCACGGGAUUUGAUCUGUGGGGUGCAGUAGUGGCAACAGGGGUGGUCUGUACAUUCUACUGCACACUGGGUGGUCUUAAAGCAGUUAUCUGGACAGAUGUUUUUCAAAUUGGGAUCAUGGUGGCUGGAUUUGCAUCUGUGAUUAUACAAGCUGUAGUGAUUCAAGGUGGAAUCAGCACUAUUCUAAAUGAUAGCUAUAAUGGUGGAAGAUUAAACUUCUGGAAUUUUGAUCCCAAUCCUUUGCAAAGACAUACAUUCUGGACAAUUAUUAUAGGAGGGACCUUCACAUGGACCAGCAUCUAUGGUGUCAACCAAUCCCAAGUACAGAGAUAUAUUUCCUGUAAAAGCAGGUUCCAGGCAAAAAUGUCUCUCUACAUCAAUCUUCUGGGACUCUGGGCAAUCCUUGUCUGCUCAGUGUUAUGUGGGCUUGCCCUAUAUUCCAGGUACCAUGACUGUGAUCCUUGGACAGCCAAGAAAGUAUCUGCACCAGACCAGCUCAUGCCUUAUUUGGUACUGGACAUUCUGCAAGAUUUUCCGGGACUUCCUGGACUUUUUGUGGCCUGUGCUUAUAGUGGAACAUUAAGCACAGUGUCCUCCAGUAUUAAUGCUUUAGCAGCAGUAACUGUGGAAGAUCUAAUUAAACCUCACUUCAGAUCGCUCUCAGAAAGGUCUCUCUCUUGGAUUUCCCAAGGAAUGAGUGUGCUGUUUGGAGUUCUCUGCAUCGGAAUGGCUGCAUUGGCAUCACUAAUGGGAGCUUUGCUGCAGGCAGCACUCAGCAUAUUUGGCAUGAUUGGUGGACCACUUCUGGGCUUGUUUGCUUUGGGCAUUUUGGUUCCCUUUGCCAACUCAAUUGGAGCAAUCGUUGGUUUGAUGGCUGGAUUUGCUGUUUCUCUGUGGGUUGGGAUUGGAGCUCAACUUUAUCCUCCACUGCCUGAGAGAACUAUGCCACUAAUCCUUGAAACCUAUGGCUGUAACAGCACACACAAUGUGACAGAUUGGGUAACAACCACAGAAAUGCCAUUUUCUACUAGUACUUUUCAAGUACACAGUGUGGAAAGGACUCCGCUGAUGGAUAACUGGUAUUCUUUAUCAUAUCUAUACUUCAGCACUUUGGGAACUUUGGUAACGGUAUUCAUGGGAAUGCUAAUCAGUUUACCAACAGGAGGAAGGAAACAAAACUUAGACCGCAGAUUCCUAUUAACCAAAGAGGACUUUUUAUCCAAUUUUGACAUUUUUAAGAAAAAGGAGCAUAUUUUAAGCUAUAAAUCUCACCCGGUAGAAGAUGGUGGAACUGAUAAUCCUGCCUUCAACCAUAUUGAAUUGAACUUCCCAGAUCAAAGUGGCAAGAUGAGUGGGACUUAUUUGUGA